AUGGAGGAACUUGAUGUUAUCAAACAAGAGACUAUGGAGGAACUUGAUCAAAGCCUUAAUCAACAUGAGAAUGAGGGAGCACCAGAGAACUCACUCCUUGAGGUGAAAGAAGAACCAUCACUCCUUGAGGCAAAGCAAGAACAGGAACAGGAACAGGAACAGGAACAAGAACAAGUUCAGGAACAGGAACAAAAACAAGAACAGGAACAAGAACAAGAAAAUGUUGCUGCUACUGGAGGUGGCGGUGAGAGGUGGCCAGGGUGGCCUGGGGAAAGUGUUUUUCGCAUACUAGUCCCUUCACAAAAAGUAGGUGGCCUUAUUGGACGCAAAGGAGAAUUUAUCAAAAAAAUUGUUGAAGAAUCAAAAGCUCGUAUUAAGGUUCUCGAUGGUCCUCCAGGAACUUCUGAGAGAGCAGUAAUGGUAUCUGCCAAGGAGGACCCUGACGCCUCUCUUCCACCUGCCAUGGAUGGUCUUCUGAGGGUUCAUAGACGCAUUGUGGAUGGCCUGGAGAGUGAUUCUUCUCACCCUCCUCCAACUGUAGCUGGAAAGGUCUCAACAAAGCUGCUUGUGCCAGCUGCACAGGCUGGAAGUCUUAUUGGAAAACAAGGGACAACGGUCAAGUCCAUUCAAGAAGCAUCCAGUUGCAUUGUUAGAGUUCUUGGAUCAGAGGACCUUCCCAUUUUCGCACUUCAAGAUGAUAGGAUAGUUGAAGUAGUAGGGGAACCUGCUGGUGUACACAAGGCAGUUGAGUUAAUUGCUUCUCACCUGAGGAAAUUUUUGGUCGAUCGUGGCAUAAUCCCAGUAUUUGAGAUGCAAAUGCAAAUGCCAAAUCCACCAGUGGAACACCACAUGCCACCACCUCCCCAGUCUUGGGGUCCUCCUCCCCAAGCUUUCCCACAAAGCGCUGCUGGAGGUCCGGGAUAUGGAAAUAGUCCACAUUUCAUGCCACCAUCCAGGCAACAUGAUAGUUAUUACCCACCAGCUGAUAUGCCACCUCCUAUGGAAAAACAACCUCAUCAAGGCAUUUCUGCAUACGGAAGAGAAGCUCCAAUGUCAAUGCAUUCAUCAUCCAACAACCCAGCAGCACCAUCUCUUGUUACUCAGAUUACACAGCAGAUGCAGAUCCCACUGGCCUUUGCUGAUGCUGUGAUUGGAACAAAUGGUGCAAGCAUAAGCUACAUCCGACGGGUUAGUGGUGCUACUGUUACCAUACAGGAAACAAAGGGAGUUCCUGGCGAGAUGACUGUUGAGAUCAAUGGAACUGCUUCUCAAGUCCAAACAGCACAACAAUUGAUACAGAAUUUCAUGGCAGAUGCGGCACCUCCAGCACAGACAGGUCCACCAGUUGAUCAAGGCUACAACCCCUAUGGAGCUCCUGCUCCUUCUAUGUAUUCAUCUGCCCCUUCAAAUGCAGGCAUUCCAGGGCAAUCUGGGGGCUAUGGUUCAGUGUAUGGUAACAAUUAUGGCUAUUGAACUGGAUCUAUCUGCAUUUAAUUUGGUGAACAAAACUAAUAAUCCUUUCACGAGGAUGUUUUGUAUUGUUGUACUCUUCAUUUAGGCCUAGUGACAUGGAAUUUCUAUACAUAGAGUGUUGUACGCAUUAGGCUCGUUACAACCUUUGAUCUACAAAGUGCUUAUAUUAUUGUUGUCCUGUUUCUUCUC